AUGACGAACGAUACCCAGCAAAAGUUUGUCUACCCAAAGAUCGAAAACUUCAUCAAACCUGAAGAUUACAAGAAUAAGAAUGUGAGCGGUAGAAUAUUGAAUGCCUUCACCACCAUUCCAAACACCAUUUAUAGAAAAGACGCUGAUGAUGAUUGGGUAAGUAAAGAUCUAUAUAAAGUUAGACAUUUAACUGGUAAUUCUGCCUUAUUAUCAUCUUUUAACUAUCUUGAUCAAGAAACCAAAUGGGAAAACCAUCUCAUCGCUUGGACUGGUGAAUUAAGAAUUGAAAGUACUGAUAUUAAUCAAGAUGAUGAUUCUUAUUAUCUUGAUAAUGAAGAUAAAGAAAAUAUUGAAAAAUUAAUUUCAAAAGAAAAUCAAACUGAUAAAAUUCAUCCUGUUUGGUUGUUAAGAAAAGAUCAACAAAGAUGGAGAAAAUAUGCUGAAAAUGUAUUAUGGCCUGCUUUCCAUUAUAUUAUGGGUGGUGCUUCAGAUGGUAAAGAUGAAUCUCAAUGGUGGUAUGAUUAUGUUAAAUUUAAUGAAGCUUAUGCAAAUAAAAUCUUACAAACUUAUAAAGAAGGUGAUAUUAUUUGGAUUCAUGAUUAUUAUUUAAUGUUAUUACCUCAAUUAUUAAGACAACGUUUACCAAAUGCAAUUAUUGGAUUUUUUAUGCAUUGCCCAUUCCCAUCAAGUGAAUAUUUCCGUGCUUUACCUAAAAGACAACAAUUAUUAGAUGGUUUAUUAGGUGCAAAUAGAGUUACUUUCCAAAAUUAUUCAUUUGCAAGACAUUUUAUUAGUUCUUGUAAACGUCUGUUAGGUUCUGAAACUACACCAAAUUCUAUUAGUGUUUAUGGUAAUACAGUUUCUGUUGAUUCUUUACCAAUUGGUAUUGAUGUUGCCAAAAUUGAAUAUGAUGCUUUUAAUGAUGAAAUUGAUAAUAAAGUUAAAGCUAUUAAAGAAUUAUAUGGUCAUAAAAAACUAAUUGUUGGUAGAGAUCGUUUAGAUUCUGUUAGAGGUGUUGUUCAAAAAUUACAAGCUUUUGAAACUUUCUUGGAAAUGUAUCCUGAAUUUAGAGAUCAAGUUAUUUUAAUUCAAGUUUCUUCACCAAAUGUCUUACAUUCAACAAAAGUUGAAAAUCAAGUUUCUGAAUUAAUUUCUCAAAUUAAUGGUAAAUUUGGUUCAUUAAAUCAUACUCCAGUUCAUCAUUAUCAAAUGAGAAUUGAUAAAUCUGAAUAUUUAGCUUUAUUAAGAGUUGCUGAUUUAGGUUUAAUCACAUCAGUUAGAGAUGGUAUGAACACUACAGCUUUAGAAUAUGUUGUUGCACAAAAAUACAAUCAUUCACCAUUAAUUUUAUCAGAAUUUAGUGGUACUGCAAGUGUAUUAAAAGAUGCAUUAAUUGUUAAUCCAUGGGAUUCAGUUGCAGUUGCUAAAACUAUUUAUGAAAGUUUAAAUUUUGAUGAUCAAAGAAAAAAUCAUUUACAAACAAAUUUAUCAAAAGAUGUUGUUUCAAUUCAAUCUUGGACAAAUAAAUAUCUUAAAUCUCUUUUAUCAGGUAUUGAUGAUGAUAAUAGAAAAAAAUUAACCCCAACUUUAAAUCGUCCUUCAUUAUUAGAACAUUAUAAAAAAUCUAAAAGAAGAUUAUUUUUAUUUGAUUAUGAUGGUACUUUAACUCCAAUUGUUAAAGAUCCAGCUGCAGCUAUACCAUCUGCAAGACUGAUUAAUAUUUUAAAUAAAUUAUCAGAAGAUCCUCAAAAUCAAAUUUGGAUUAUUAGUGGUCGUGAUCAAGCAUUUUUAGAAAAAUGGCUGGGUUAUAAUCCAAAAAUUGGUUUAUCUGCAGAACAUGGUUGUUUUAUGAAAGAUAUUAAUUCUAAAUGGGUUAAUUUAGCAGCACAAGCAGAUAUGUCAUGGCAAGAAAAAGUUGAAGAAAUUUUUAAUAAUUUCACAGAUAAAACUCCAGGAUCAAAUAUUGAAAAGAAAAAAGUUGCAUUAACAUGGCAUUAUAGAAGAAGUGAUCCUGAAUUAGGUGAAUUUCAAGCAAAAGAAUUAGUUAAAGAAUUACAAGCUACUGUAGCUAAAGAUUAUCAAGUGGAAGUUAUGACUGGUAAAGCAAAUGUUGAAGUUCGUCCAAAUUUCGUUAAUAAAGGAGAAAUUGUUAAAAGAUUAACAUUAACAAAACAUGGUUUCCCACAAAAAACAGGUGCAACUUUUAAUAAUGAAAAUCAUUUACAUGAAGAUUUACCAGAUUUUAUCUUAUGUCUUGGUGACGAUUCAACAGAUGAAGAUAUGUUUAAUAAAUUAUUAUCAAUCGAACAAGAUUGGGAAUCAUCAGAAAAUUUUAAUAAAGAUCCAAAUUUUAAUAAUUUUGGAUUUUAUCCAGUUAGAGUUGGUCCAGCAUCACAACCAACAUCUGCAACAUCACAUUUAAAUGAUCCUCAUCAAGUUUUAGAAACUUUAGGUCUGCUAGUUGGUCAAGUUUCACUUUUUGAAAGUGCUGGUUCAGUUGAAUUAGAUGAUCGUGGUCAUAUUAAAAAUUCAGAACAAAGUCAAAGAUCUGAAGCUGCUAUAAUGGCUCAUAGAUUGAAAAAAACAAAUUCAACAAAUUCAACAAAUUCUUUUAAGAAUUCAAAUUGA